AUGGAUAUGGGGAAGAUGUUUUCCAACAGCGGGACGUACCACAGUCGGUUAACUGAGAUAACUCAUUAUGUUGUCUUUUCAAGAGGAGCCAUUGUUUUACAAGGAGUUGAACGGGUCGAAGUCGAAGAUAAAUUGGUGAAUGAGGGCGAGGUGUCCUUUAAGCUGACAGUGUCUCCAGACAUGGCACCAGACGUCCAGGUUGUGGCUUACGCCAUCCUCCCCAGUGAGACUGUGAUCGCCAACAGCGCUGACUUCUCUACUGAGCAAUGCUUCAGUCACAAGGUGUCUCUGGAGUUUUCUCUGUCCUCGGCUGUCCCAGGAGAGGAGACCAUCAUGCAGGUUACCGCCCAGCCAGAAUCUCUGUGUGGUGUGAGCGCUGUUGACCAGAGCGUCCUCAUCAAGGAGCCAGGGAAGACUCUGAUUGCAGACAAGUUAUACAUUGUUAUCAACCGUGCAAUGCAGCUCAAUGCUGAUUUUGUUGAUACCCAGUUGUAA